AUGUAAUUUUUGUAUGCAAAUUUAAUUAUAUUAUCAAAGGGUAUUGUAAACAGCCUUUCAAUUUACACUUAUGCUUUAAAUAAUAAUGAAUAUAUGAUUUUAAAUUCUAUUGAACAAGAGGACAAUCCGGUAUUCUAGUUAGUUCAAGUUGUUUUGGAGAUUAUAUCGCUUGACCCUAUUGAAAAUUUGGGGGAGGCUCUUAAAACCAUUGAACACCCUUUAUUGUCCUUUUUGAUGGAUAUAUUAUACAAUGAUUUAACACCUAGUUAGGCCUUAGAAACAAUGCAAAAAUUGGAUCCAUUCUCAGAUAUUAAUUUUUAAUUUAAUCUCAAUUUAAAAGAUUUAUCGUAUUAAUUCUAUAUCGAAAAUAUGAAGCACCAAAUCAGUUUUCACCUUAGAAUGAAAUAAUUUUAAUAAUCAAUCCAAUUGAUUCAGAAAGCAGAAGAUUAUUUGGCAACGUAACAUAAUGUACAAACUAUUAAUUUUAUGGAAAAAUUCUUAGAGAUACAAACAUAGAUUCUAAAACCCAGUGAAAUUAAGAAGAUUUUGGAUACAUUAUUAAUAUUUUAUUUUAAAUUAUCUGCUCUUUUUGGUUUGAAGCAGUCGAGCAAAACAGUCGCGCUUCCACCC